UAGUUGCUGACUUUGCGCGGCAGCGAGCGGUUUGCACUGCGAUUGCCGAGCAGCUUGUUUUACUUUAUAUCGCUAUUUAUUUAAAAGUGCCACUGCGGUUGCGCAUGCGCCUCUUCCAAAAUCGGUGGCAAGAAAUAGGCCUUCAAUUGAUUUUUUAUAUUUUUUACCAUUGGUUGGACACGGUGCCGGUUGUUUUUUUGGGUAGCGGCUCAGUCCAGCCGGCGAUGCCUUAGUGGCAGCUCCUCCAGAUCGAAAGAAGGAAACCACACGCGCCACACCAAGAUGCCCUAUAACCUCUGGCUGCGACGGCGCCUCCAGCUGCUCGCAUCGCUGCUAUUCUGCGGCCUCCUGGGCUAUUUGACCUCGGAGGCGGUGGCCAAGCCCACGUUGUCCUUCAGUUUGCCGCAGGGCCUCCAAGGAUUCCCCUCGUUCCAGUCCUUCACCCAGCAAAUCAUCGAGCAGCGCAGCGCGCGUCAAAUGAAGACGUAUAGUGGAAAGCGGGUGAGCAACGACUCCCUCAUCAUGAUAUACUAUCACGAUCUGACCAUAGCCGUAACGGAGCUGGGUCCCCAGAAGUUGUUACUCGGCUGCGAGCUGAUCGAGAUCUACAACGACAAGGAGGGCAAGAUGCUGCUGGAGGGCCUGUCGCACUACAAUCGCCCGCUGGAAAUCAAGUUCGACGAGAUGCUGAAGCUGAUGGAUCAGUGCGAGCACGUGGAUAAGCUGACCUACGCCUCCCGUCACAAAUCCCAGCUGGAGGGCGGCGAACGCAGCAGCGGUGGAGGCGGCGAUUCAGCGGCAACAGGUGGUGCCAACGAUGGAGUGGCCCUCAAGCUGGCCACCAAUAUCUUUCCGCGCAGCCCGUUCUCCUUGUUGAGUGGCAUCAUACCAGGUGAGGUGGUCACAUUUCAAUAUGUCAACAAGUUUCACUUAUAUGAUGAUUAUUAUGAUCCUCUUCACAGGCACAAAGUGGUGCGGCACUGGCGACAUCGCAGAUACGUACAGCGAUCUGGGCAGCGAAAUGGCCAUGGAUCGAUGCUGUCGCCAACACGAUCUCUGUCCCAUCAAGAUCCGUGCUUACCAGAACAAAUACGAACUGAUGAACGAUUCGCUGUACACAAAAUCCCAUUGCAUCUGCGACGAUAUGCUGUUCUCCUGCCUGAAGAUGACCAAUACCUCGGCCUCGCAGCUGAUGGGCUCCAUCUACUUCAAUCUGGUGCAGGUGCCCUGUCUGGACGGGCGGAGCCAGCAGUACAAGUUCCGGGCGGCCAAGGAGGGAUUCUGAUGCAGGGUAGCCGCAAGUCGGGGAUUUCGUGGCUCAGUUCAUUGUACAGGAGGUGUGAGGAGGUCUUAGAAAGUGAGAGAGAGAGAGUUGGGAAGUCGCUCUAUUUAUUGUUUUACAAACGAUGACGCCCGCUUUUUAUUUUGUCGAAUAUUCUGUUGGGUUUACAGUUAGCGUUAACGUUAUCUAGGAUAAGUAUAAAGUAGAAUUGCAAUCUUUGUUAUACAAAUACGAAUAUAAAUAUAUAUAUAGAUGUGUAUCUUUAA